AUGCCUCCUAAUGGAACAAGCAAACCUUUAAAGCUCCAAUUUGGGCUCGUCAACCAUGAGAGCCAAUACCUCACCGCUGAGACUUUUGGCUUCAAGGUAAACGCAUCCGCCACAACUAUGAAGAAGAAACAACUUUGGACUCUGGAACAUGGUGACCAGGAGGGUAAUGUGGUCUUCCUGCGCAGUUCCCUGGGUCGUUACCUGUCCACAAACAAAGAUGGUGAUGUGAAUUGUGAACUAGAGGUACCAAACAACAGCUGCCGUUUCCUGCUCAUUGCUCAAUCAGAUGGUCGAUGGGCUCUGCAGUCAGAGCCUUUUCUGCGCUUUUUGGGAGGUUCAUCAGAUCGUGUGACCUGCUUCGCUCAGACAAGUGGAGAAGCCGAAUUGUGGGCCAUUCAUCUGGCCCACCAUCCUCAGGCCAGCCUGCUGAGUGCGUCCCGCAAGCGCUAUGCACGCCUGUCUGCUUCAGAAACUGAAAUUUCCUUCAUUAGCAACAUUCCGUGGGGAGUGGGCUCCCUUAUUACACUAGUCUUCAUGGCGGGCAAAUACUGCCUGAAGACUUGUGAUAACCGCUUCCUCAGUAGCAGCGGCAACCUGGUAAAUGAGUUUGGGCCUGACACAGAAUACACGCUGGUGCUCAGGUCAAGUAUGCUGGCUUUCAAAGAUAACGAUGGCAAGUAUCUCACCCCAACGGGUCCUACAGGCACCUUAAAGUCUGGGAAGUGUACAAAACCAGCCAAGGAUGAGCUGUUUGACCUAGAAGAGAGUCGUCCACAAGUGGUUUUCGUGGGAGCCAACAAAAGAUUUGUAUCCACUCGUCAAGGUGUCAGCAUCUCAGCCAAUCAAGAUGAAGAAACAGAUCUGGAGACAUUUCAAAUGGAAAUCGACCAGGAAAGCAAGAAAUACAUGUUCAGAACUAAAGACGGCAAUUACUGGGAACUCGUCUCUCAUGGAGGCCUCCAGUCUACAGCCACGGAAAUUGGAAUCAACACUAUGUUUGAGAUUGAAUGGCGCGGGCACAGAAUAGCUAUGAAAGCUAGUAAUGGAAAGUAUGUUUGCACCAAAAAAAAUGGACAGCUUCAUGCAGUCAGUGAUACUGUUGGUGAGGAUGAGCUGUUUGUGAUGAAACUGAUCAACCGCCCCAUUCUGAUCCUGCGAGGAGAGAACGGCUUUGUUUGUCACCACAAAACCUCCAACACACUUGAUAACAACCGCUCUGUGUAUGAUAUCUUCUGGUUGCUCUUCAGUGAUGGUGCCUACCACAUAAAAUCUGGAAAUGGAAAGUACUGGUUCAUUAACACCAACACAGACACAGUUGGGGCAGAUGGUGACAAUCCUGAGGAAUUCUUCCUAGAGUUUCUGGAGCAUGGACGAAUGGGCAUCAAGAGCAAAGGUAGUGGGAAGUAUGUGCGUUCUGACCAGGGUGGCACCAUCAAGUGUGAUGUUACUAGUCCGGACAUCACCUGCCUGUGGGAGUUCUAACUGGUUUAAUGCAGUUUCAAUGACGCACUGAGGACCAACUGUGACCGAGUUACUCUAAUGACAAAGCUAAAGUCUUUAGUUUAUUUAUUUAUUUAUUUAUUUUCUGUCAAUUUUCUUUUUUACACUCAUCAUUUAGUAAUAAAACUGUCA